AUGAAGCAAUACACCUCCCGGUACGCCGGCCUCACUGCCGCCCUCCGGCGCGUUGACUACAGCGGCACCUCAACUCGCAGAAAGGAACUAGUGAUACCCCCAAGGCGCUGUACAAAUCGAGAUGGGGCUCUCACGGGCGACUUCACGGCCUGGUUGGGGUCUGAGAAGGCCAGCUUCCUGGCUGGACGCUUUGUCUGGGCCAACUGGGACCGCGACGAGCUCCUUGCCCGUCAGCAGGAGACUGUGGACCACAACUUAUACAAGACUGCCGUGAGCGGUGUCGAGACUCAGCCCUGGAGAUGA